AUAGGGUUGGCCUUGAUGGAUCAAAGCCACAGAAAAUCUACCAAGUCCUCAGACAAGCAAACACAGACUUUCAUUCCUUCUGAAUCUCCAACACGCUUCCUCCGAGCAAAACGGCAAAGACCAUGCAGCCCAUCACUCUCUACUCGCACCCCAUCGGGCCUAAUCCGUGGAAGGUCGCCAUCAUCCUCUCCGCUCUGCGCAUCCCCUACGAAACGAUCAUGGUUGACUUCACCGAGGUGAAAAAGGAGCCCUACAUGAGCCUCUGUCCCAAUGGACGGCUGCCAACCAUCGUGGAUCCCAACAAGAACAUCACCCUGUGGGAGUCAGGCGCCAUUGUGAACUACCUAAUUGAGACCUUUGAUCCGAGCCACCAGCUGAGCCAUGAGACAUUUCCCGAACGCCACCAGCUGCAGCAGUGGCGGCAUUCCCAAGUGUCCGGGCAGGCGCCGUAUUACGGACAGCUAGGCUGGUUCCGGCGGCAGCCCGAGCAGGUGCCCCAGGCCAUCGAACGCUACACGGCGGAAAUCCGACGCGUGAUGAGCGUGCUGGACCGGGUGUUGACGGACCGCGAAUGGCUUGUGGGAGACAAGUGCACGUAUGCAGACCUCUCCUUUGUUCCCUGGCAGGAUCUGGUGCCGUUGGUGGUCGGGGACCAGCGCGUGGUGCAGGAAUUGACCGAGCAUUUUUCCCACGUGGAGGCGUGGAUGCAGAGAAUGAAGGCGAGACCAGAGGUACAGAAAGUGCUGAAGGAGAAGAGCGAGGCGAUGGCAUCGAAUUAGGGACAGCAUGUAAAUACAUGGGUCGGAUAGAUAGAGACCAUCUCAUGGGUCUACGAUUUUAGACUCGCC